UAAAAAUUUGCUUGCGGUCAACAAGAACGCAACUGUCUUUGUAUCUUAGCAAAGAGACGCAAUCAAUUUGUAUAUUUUAUAUUCGCAAAUAUGUUGUCCUCGUAUAUAUUAACAAAAUGCAAUAUAAGACCUUCAAAUGGAGCAUUGGUUCAGUGGUUGAAUGUUACUGUAAGAUUGUGUUCAUCAUCAUCAUCAUCAUCAUCCUCCUCGGACUCGUCAGAUUCUGAUUCUGAUUCGGAAAAAACAAUACCAAAGAAGACACACGUUGAAAGUUCUCAAAAUACAUCUGCACCGACUAAACCUAGUGAGAAGACAGAAAAAGUAGUACAGGAACAAAAAAACGCAACUACAGAAGCAACAAAAAAGCCAGCAGCUGAUUUAAACGAGUAUUUAAACAACAUGAUGAAGGCAAGAAAACUAGAAAAAACCAUUGAUGUUGCUAUAAAACCUAAGAGCAAAAAAUUGUUAAACAAAUUGAAAUCGUUACCUUAUGAAAAACAGGUAGAAAAGGCAGCAGAAGAUGUGGCCGAUACAUUAGGCGGAGAUAAAACAAAAACAACGUCUGAUUUGCUUGAGAAAGUUCUCGCAUCCAGAGUAGAAACACUGAAAGUAGAACAAUCGAAAAAGAUUAGCAACUUAGAAAGGGAAAAAAACCGACAGAAAGAGUCGGAAUUAAAAAGAGAAGAAUCACAAUUUGAGAGGAAAAAAUCUGUAAUAUACAAUCUUCUUGAAGAAUAUAAAAACCGAGACACUAGCGCGUCAAAAAAGAUAUCGAAAAAGUUUGAAGAAUUUUCACCCAGAUUAUUGAAGCAAGAUAUUGAUAUAUGGAAUGGGGAGCCCAGUCGAGAGUUUGACAACAUGAGUCCCACUCCGUCGAAUAUACCGGAAUUGAAAACGUGGAGAGAAUUGGAACAAAGGGAGCUGAAGGCAAUGACAACGUAUCCGCCAGCCAACAUCUUUCAAGAAAUGAUUCUGUGGACGGAGCAAGGAAAAUUGUGGAAAUUUCCUAUCGACAAUGAGCAAGGAAUGGAAGAAGAGAAGAACGUUCAUUUCUCGGAACACGUUUUCAUGGAACGUCAUCUGAAAGAUUGGUGUCCCAAGUCGGGACCGGUGCGCCACUUCAUGGAACUGGUGUGCAUCGGCCUUUCCAAAAAUCCGUACAUGACGGUUCAAGAGAAAGUCAAUCACAUUAUGUGGUACAAAGAAUACUUUGAAUCGAAACGAGAUCUGUUGAAGGAGAUUGGAGCGAUUGGGGAGUCGGUUUCGAAAAAAGCGCCCGAGAUUCAAGAAGCUUAAAGUUAAUAUAGUUUUAGACAUUUGUGCUCUAUAAUUUCUAUGUAUUCCACUAUAAAUAAAAAAUAUCCAAACUAAAUUAAAUUCUGCGAUCUCUUAGGGUCAAAGCGCAUACUUUUGCAUAACGCACAAAGGCCUGUCCACGUAAGACGCGGAUUGGUUUAUUUACA